ACUGUGAGUGCUCAUUUCGAAGUGAAAACAACAUGAAACAAGACGUUAAUUUCAACAGCACAGCGCUGAUAUUUAUGGUCAUUAUUUGUUUGACCAUACCGAAGUGUUACAACAGCGAAGUUCAAGGACAAUAUGGCCAAAUCGUAGGCGUGUGGAAUAUUACCUACCAAAGUGGUGGCAACGAGCAGCUCCUAACCAUUUCGAAAGAAAUACAGUACGUGGAUUUAGUAAUAUACGAUGUGGAUCUAAGUUCCGGCAAAGACUUCUACUUCGAAGUCCACGCGGAUAACCCGAAAUUGGCGUCGAUCGAGAAACGCAUCGAGCGUAGUGAGCUAACGGGUACGCCAGCCUCAUGGCAGGGCGCGGUGCCGGUACAAACACAUCACUUCGGUUUUACAAAUAUCUAUGUGACGGUACAUACGAGCGAUGGCGCCAACGUGGAGCGUUCACCGAGCGACUUAACACUUAUCAUUGCGCGCCGAGAGCGCUUGGAUGAGAAGAUUUUCACUUACACCGCCUCGGCGUUGUUGUUGUUGAUGUUCUUGAAUUUGGGUGGCGUGUUGGAUUUGCAACGUUUGAAAGAGAUUGUUUUGCGCCCAAUUGCUGUGUCCAUUGGCUUUGCUACCAGUUACAUUUUAAUGCCACUUAUCGCUUUGGCGCUCGGCUACUGUUUUCUGUCGCAGUAUCAGGAGCUCAAAUUGGCGCUUUUCUUCACGGCGCUUUCGCCCAGCGGCGGUUUGGCAAAUAUUUGCGCGAUUUUCCUCAAAGGCAAUGUGAAUCUCUCGAUUGCCACCACAACCAUCAACAGUCUCAUGUCGCUGGCGAUAUUCCCGUUGUGGAUACUUAUACUCACACAAACGAUCUUCACAAAUACCGAACUGGACGUACCGUUUCUGGAUUUAGCCGGCAGCGCUUUGGCUUUAGUUUGCGCCAUUGCCUUGGGUAUGCUGUUACGCUUCUUCUUGCCGAAGACGACUUCGUUGAUUUUCCGUUUCCUCAAACCGUUCUGUGCGUGCCUCAGUUUGUGUCUGAUUGGCAUGACGGUGGGCAUAAAUGCGUUCGCAUUCAAAGAGCUAACGGGCAUGAUUUUCUUAGCGGCGCUCUUCUUGCCCAUACUCGGUUAUUUGCUCUCGUAUGGUAUUUCAAUAUUGCUGCGUUGCACCGCAGCUGACGCGCUGACGAUCUCUAUCGAGACGAGUGUUCUAAAUAUGACCGUGCCCAUUAUGUUGUUGCAACAUUGCUUCGACGAAGUGCGCGCCGACUUGACGCUCAUUGUGCCGAUUACGGCUGCGCUGAUAUCGUUGGUCAUGAUGAUUGUCAUUUACACCAUUCGUCGUAUGUUCGGUCUGAACAAGAAUCUUGAUGGUGAUGCUUUUGUGUCACAAGUGGAGCUCAUAAGUUUCGAGGACUAUAAUAAGGAGGAGGAAGUCACAAUAGGACAUAUAACAUUUCGCAAUAGAAAAAGCGUAUUUUAAUAGGCAAAAGUUAGACCAUAUAACUACUGUAUUAUUUAUUGUUCUUAAAUUUUUUUAAGCAAACGAAGCUUGCAAUCACUUGCGGGUUCAAAAUUUACGAUACGAUUUCCGUUCAGCAUACUAAGCAAGUAUUUUUGCUAUAUUUUUGAUUAAUUUAUAAUCGACAUACCCUCAUGAACGGUAAUUCUAUACUCUUUAGUACAGUUCGAGGUAUACAAUUUAUACGAUUAAAAUAAUAUAUACGAAUUUUUCAAUUAUAGCUAUUAAAUAUCUAUAAAAUUAUAUAGGCAACUAAGUAACGAUAAUCGAUUUUUAUAUGCAAAAACAGUCUCUGUAUACUCUUAAGACA